AUGGAAGUACUCAGCCGAGGCUGGGCUUCUACAAGCGUUGCGGGCCAUUCUUGGGACUCGCUUGAUUCCAGAAAACCAUGGGAGGCUCUUCCAGACUACUUUGCAGCCAUUUCUUCGACUCCUAAUCUACCAGGUCAAGCGGCAGCAGAUUCAUCGGAAGAAACACAACGUGUUUCCAACACGGAUGAAGGCAGAUCCAAACUCGAUCCAUUGACAAACCAAAGUACAAGGUUGACAGAAGAAGAGGAAUCAUCAGAUGUACUUGAGCAAAUUCGAAGGAUAGAACAAUUGCAGGAAGAAGGUAGUGAUACCCCAGCUGACACAGAGGGGAAUUCGAAUAAGCUUGGAGGUCAAUUCAGUGAUCAAAAUUUCGCAGCCAGUGCAAAUGAGUUGCUUGCGUCAGCUGGGUAUCAUCACUUUUCGGCAUAA